AAUAUCUCGCAUUCAACUUCAUCAAUCAGAACCCUAAUCUUCUCGCCUCUCCCUCUUCGGGUUCUCCGCCUCUCCCUCUAGGGUUUCAACUCUCAACCAGAAAUACAAUCAGACCCCCGGUCACUCCGGUCCCUUCACAACUCGUUUUCUCUCACACGGUUACGUUCUUCUUCAACAAGAAACCCCCUCUCAAUCAACAAGAAAAACUUAAGGAUGUGGUAUUUUCUGAUCUAGAAGAAGCUCAAGACUUGGAGUACGAUUUCUUUGUUCUUGAGGAUCUCGAAUUUGCGGAUGACUUCGCCGGAGUAAUGCUAGGAAAGAGGACUGCUGAUAAGUGGGAAUGUCGCACCCCCAAGAGAACAAGAAUUUCCAGAUGGGACGAAGGAGACCUUGCUUUAAGGGAGGCACACCCCCUUUGCCAUCAUCAAGACAUCCUCAUCACCCAGAUCUUCACGAAGCUGGACUGGGAGGGGCAGGCUGCUGUGCAGAUGGUAUGCAAGCAGUGGCGUAGCCUAUAUCACAACACUUCCCCACACCACAGAGGCAAAGACCUCCUGCAGCUUUCUAUUCUGAUCAUGGGGGUGAGCAAACCAUCUACUCCUUCCCUGCACAUGACUUCCCAUUGUCACAGACUCAACCAAGUCAAGGACACACAAUAUCAAGCCAAGCAUUGCAGGAUCUUGCAAUGGCUAGAAGAUUAGAAAAAAGACCAUGAG